AUGAAGGUGACACAACAAAACCUCACAUUACUCCGAUCCUCCCCUUCUUCACGUCGCAUUGCGAACCUCACCACCAAAAGUCCCCGUCACGAAACACCAAAAGUCGCUACAUCACCUCUAACACCAAAUAUGGCCACCCGCAUAGCCUGUCGCGCUGCCUUCCGGCGCAACGUUGUCCCCGUCACUCUCGGUCUCACAACCACCUUCGCCCUGGCCGCGCGACAACAGCCUCUGAAGCUAGACGCCUUGUCCAGCUCGCAGCAGUCGCGGUCUCUCCAUUCCCAGAAAGACAACAAGGAGGAGUGGUUGAACCCGGAAACGAUCAAGCAGCUUUCUAGUGGGAGUUUGAGCGGUUUCGCCACCGGUCUUUUGAUCAGUGUCUUUUCCAAGACGCUCGUGCUUUUGGCGGGUGUUAGUAUGGUGAUUGUUCAGGUUGCGUCUCGUUACGGCAUCGACUUGGUAGGCAUGUUGCAUCUUCGCGACAAGGUGAACUCGUCAAAGAUUCUCAAGGCGUUGCAACACAAAAUGGCCUUUAAGCUUGCCUUUGCCAUAACCUUUGCUCUUUCUGCUUUCAUGUCUUUCUAG